GCAAUGUUUGCUGCCUACAUCAUGUUGUUUCAUUCCUAUACCUAAACCUGCUUUAUCUGCUUCAGAGUUUUGCCACUGGAAAAUACAGGAAAGCUGUUUUAAACCUACAGGUCCUUCUCCUGACUCUCAAUGUAGUUGUCACAUCCUUAGGCACAAAGCAAAUGCAGAUGUUGGACCAUGCCAGAAAUCUUGUCAAGAGCAUGGACUGUUUCACACAGAGUGGAGAUAUGGCUUCUGAUCCUGGUGGCUUAUUUACUCCAGAGAAAUGUGAACUCAGGACAUAUGCCAACAAAAGCUGCAGAUCCGGAAGCAUUCAUGAAUGUUAGUGAAAUCAUCCAACACAAGGGUUAUCCCAGUGAGGAAUAUGAAGUUGUAACCGAAGAUGGAUACAUCCUUUCUGUGAACAGAAUUCCUCAAGGACUGACACAAUUAAAGAAGGAAGGGUCCAGGCCAGUGGUGUUACUGCAGCAUGGCCUUCUUGGGGAUGCUAGCAACUGGAUUUCCAACCUGCCCAACAACAGCCUGGGCUUCAUUCUGGCUGAUGCUGGCUUUGAUGUGUGGAUGGGAAACAGCAGAGGAAAUACCUGGUCUCGGAAACACAAGACUCUCUCCAUAGACCAAGAUGAGUUCUGGGCUUUCAGUUAUGAUGAAAUGGCUAGGUUUGACCUUCCUGCUGUGAUAAACUUUAUCUUACAGAAAACAGGCCAGAAAAAGAUCUAUUAUGUCGGCUAUUCACAGGGCACUACCAUGGGCUUUAUUGCAUUUUCCACAAUGCCAGAGCUAGCUCAUAAAAUAAAAAUGUAUUUCGCCUUAGCCCCUAUAGCCACUGUUAAAUAUGCAAGAAGUCCUGGUACCAAAUUUCUGCUGCUGCCAGAUAUGAUGAUCAAGGGACUAUUUGGCAGACAGGAAUUUUUAUAUCAGACUAGAUUUUUCCGACAGCUUUUUAUUUACCUUUGUGGCCAGAUGAUUCUUGACCAGAUCUGCAGCAACAUCAUAUUACUUCUGGGGGGAUUUAACACAAACAACAUGAACAUGAGUCGAGCAAAUGUGUAUGUUGCCCACACACCUGCUGGAACAUCUGUGCAGAAUAUUCUGCACUGGAGCCAGGCAGUGAAUUCUGGUGAACUUCGUGCCUUUGACUGGGGAAGUGCGACCAAAAAUCUGGAGAAAUGCAAUCAACCAACUCCUAUAAGGUACAAAGUUCGAGAUAUGACAGUACCCACAGCAAUGUGGACUGGAGGUCAAGACUGGCUUUCAAAUCCAGAUGAUGUGAAAACCCUACUUUCUGAAGUAAGCAACCUCAUCUACCACAAGAACAUUCCUGAGUGGGCUCAUGUGGAUUUCAUCUGGGGACUGGAUGCCCCUCACCGCGUGUACAAUGAAAUCAUACACCUGAUGAAGCUGGAGCCCAGCCUUUCCCAGGGAACCUGCAAGGUCACAUUGUGAAGCUCCUGCUGUCCAGCAAGUCCUGGAAUAAGAUCACACAGUAUGGGCGGGGCCACAGGAGGAAGAUUUUCAAAGGAAUUUCUAGACUUGGAAACAUGCUGUAUCAUUAAACUGAAGGCCAGAGAUUUGGGGAUGCCAGAAGACCUGCUGGUCCAAAUGAAA